AGAAGAAGAAACCCGAGGCCACUUUCCUGCAGACACAUUUUGGUUGCAGUUUGUGAGCAGCUGUGGAAAAUGCAGAUCUGCUCUCUGCUGCUUGCUCUUCUGACCCCAGCUUUGUUUGGAGAUUCAUGCUUGGCCAUCAACGCCACCAUCACUCCAUCACCCUUCACAGUCGCCAAGGUGGGUCAGAAUGUCACUCUGACCUGCAUUGUGUCUCAGAGGCACCGCAACACAGCCUUACCAGUGGUUAAAUGGAUUUUUCUACCAGCAAGCAAGACUCAAGAAGAGGACGAACUCCUCAUCGCUCGCAUCAACAUGAGGAAAGCCCGUUUUUAUGGCAACUAUACAAAGAGUUUCCAGUGGCCCAAGUUCAGGUUGACGGUAGUGAAGCAGGGGAAGAUCUUUGAGCUGCUCAUCCUGGAUGUGUCUGAAGGGGACUGGGGACUCUACAUGUGCCGAGUGCAGGAGUUUAAAAAGCACAAAGACCACUGGAAGGCUUCAUCCAACUUCACAGCUGUUACUGAGCUCAGAGUGCACGUUCUACCGACCACCAAGGCCAAAGAAAACAUUUGGAGUUUGUUUGAAGAUGUGUACCUGUGUGCAGUGCUGAUCUGCUCUGUAGGUUUGCUGUGCAUGUGUAUGUUCACUGUGACGAUGACCUGCCAGUUCAUUCAGAGGAAGCAGAGGCUAAAAGAAAAAUACCACUUAGUGAAAAGUCCCCAGAACAGUUCAGGAGAGACAGUCACCAAUUUGGUCAGUGUCUCAUCUGUUGUUCCUAAGGAGAGGAGAUACAAGAAGAGAAAAAACAGAAAGUACCAGGAGCAGAAACCACCAGCGAUACCAGCUAAAGCUCCCAUUGGAGACAAAACACGAAAACACAAACUGCUAAAAUCUCAGUCGAGGAAAGUGGUGUUGCCAAAGAUAGUGGAGGAGAACCUGACGUAUGCAGAGCUGGAUCUGAUGAAGCCACUUCCAGAGUUAAAGGCAUCCUGUAAUGGAACUGUGUACGCUCAGAUUCUGUUUGGUGAACAGCAACUAUGAAAAAAACUCUACGAAGGACUGUGCCUUAUGGAAAACAUUUUGUCUAUUUAUUGUCUAUGUUGUGUUGUUGUAUGGAAAUGUAUAGAAAUAAUUUGUGUACAAACUUGGGAUUUGAACAAAAAAUGCAAUACAGUAUGACAUUUA